GGUCAGUUAUCGGUAAGUAUUUAAAUGCGCGUUUUGAAUUUUUUUUUAUAUAGAUUUCGUAGCAAAGUGCGCUUCUUAUUAAUGUAUUCAUGAUAUAAGUAUUGUUUCGUGCGAUCGUGAUCAUGAAUCGUGCUGGAUCAUCGAAAAUCGUGCAACAUAACCAAUCUUCAAUGCUUCUGAGUGACCAGGAUCGCGAAUUUCAGAAACGUGAACCAACGCUCUACACAGUCAAGGGUAUGGCUAUUUUGGACAAUGAUGGUAACAGAAUAUUAGCAAAAUAUUAUGAUAAAAAUGUAUUUCCUACAUCAAAGGAACAGAAAACAUUCGAAAAAAAUCUUUUCAACAAAACGCACAGAGCAAAUGCAGAAAUUAUAAUGCUGGAUGGCUUGACGUGUGUUUACAGAAGCAACGUAGAUUUAUUCUUUUAUGUUAUGGGAAGCUCUCAUGAAAAUGAGUUAAUUUUAAUGAGUGUAUUAAAUUGUUUAUACGAUUCAGUGAGCCAAAUUUUAAGAAAAAAUGUUGAAAAAAAAGCUGUUUUAGACAGCUUGGAUAUAGUUAUGUUAGCAAUGGAUGAAAUCUGUGAUGGAGGAAUUAUUCUGGAUGCCGAUGCUUCAAGCGUUGUUCAAAGGGUUGCAUUAAGAACGGACGAUAUUCCACUUGGAGAACAAACUGUUGCACAGGUUCUGCAAUCUGCAAAGGAACAACUCAAGUGGUCUUUAUUAAAAUAAGAUUUAUAUAAGAAUACUUGAAAUUAUUAUUUUAAAACAUUAAAUAAAAUUGUAUGAGUCUGUAACUUUAAAAUAUAAAAGAACAACAAGUUUUUCAUU